AUGGCAUUCAUGGGCGUUGCCUCCAAAUACGCCGCUAUUUCUUUUCCGUUCGUCCUUCUUACCGUCUACCUCAUACAAAAGGUAUAUCUUCGAACGUCGAGACAACUACGUUUCUUAGACCUGGAAGCAAAAGCACCACUAUACUCUCACUUCACAGAUACGCUCAGCGGACUGGUUACUCUGCGAGCGUUUGGCUGGCAACACUCACUACAGGAGACGCACUAUCAGCUUCUAGACCGCUCCCAGAGGCCGUUCUAUUUUCUCUAUGCUGUCCAGCGAUGGCUCACACUCACUCUCGACCUAGUGGUUGCCGGCAUCGCCGUACUACUUAUCACUCUAGCGGUCACUCUGCGAGGGGAUAUCAGUGCAGGCUAUGUUGGAGUAGCGCUCCUGAAUGUCAUCAUGUUCAGCCAGAGCAUCAAGCUCCUUGUGACUUUCUGGACCAACCUCGAAACUCAUAUUGGGUCUAUUCAACGAGUCAAAACAUUCACUGAGACCGUUCAGUCUGAGGACCUGCCUACAGAGCGUGAUCCAAUCCCGCCGAAGUGGCCAGCAGAGGGGAAUAUUGAAUUCAAGUCUCUGUUUGCAGAAUAUAGGUAG